CACGGUCUGGUAACACUGUACACAAAAAGAAACGGCGAUUAAAUUUGCAAGAUUUCAAGAAUAUAGGUGUAUCAACCUUGAAGGGUUUUUGCAUCGUACUGCACUGGUUCGUAUCGGACACUGAACGCUGAUUGGUCGUGCUAGCUCCCGACUAGAAUGAGACAUUAGAACGAGACGUCUGGCAAUCGAAUAAAAGGGGAGGGAGGAGUGAUUUCGCGCGUUGAACGGAUUCUGAAUAAUUUCCAAGAGAUUCGCAAAUUCGUCGGCGUCGACGUCGUGCGAUCGAGGAUAUUAUCGAGCAAGCGAGACCGUACCCGUUAAGGCCUGGCGAGAUGUCCGUCAUGGGAAAGCCGGUACUCUACUCCUAUUGGCGGAGCUCUUGCUCAUGGAGAGUACGAAUCGCACUGAACUUGAAGGAAAUCCCGUACGAUAUAAAACCGGUAAGCUUGAUAAAAGGCGGAGGGGAGCAACAUUCCAAUGAAUUUCGUGAAAUUAAUCCAAUGGAGCAGGUGCCAGCGCUUCACAUCGACAAUCAUACGUUAAUAGAAUCUUUAAAUAUCUUGCAAUAUUUGGAAGAAACCAGACCACAUCGACCUUUAAUGCCUGCAGAUCCAGUGAAGAGAGCUAGAGUUAGAGAGAUCUGCGAGGUAAUUGCCAGCGGUAUUCAACCCUUGCAGAAUCUGGUCGUGUUGAUCUACGUUGGCGAAGAGCGCAAGAAAGAGUGGGCUCAGCAUUGGAUCACUAGAGGUUUAACCGCCGUAGAAAAGUUAUUAUCGUCCAGCGCAGGAAAAUAUUGCGUGGGGGAUGAAAUCACAUUAGCAGAUUGUUGUUUGAUACCACAAAUAUUUAACGCGAGAAGGUUUCUCGUCGAUCUGAGACCCUUUCCAACAAUUUUGAGGGUAGACCGUCACUUGGAGAAUCAUCCUGCCUUCACGGCCGCCCAUCCAAAUAAUCAGCCCGAUUGUCCUCCAGAGGCAACCAAGUAGCAAGCAAGGCAGACCACCCUCUUCCUCUUCUAAUUUAUUAGAAUCGGGAAGAGAGGCGGUCCGACAUUGUCUAGUUCUAUAGUGAGAAAAGGUGUGUAAUUUUUAUUGAAAUUUAUAACGCACAAAAUUAUACACGGUACAAUAAAAAUGGCUGCAGGAACUUUACUAAGGAAAUAAAUAUAUAUCGUUAAUUUUUUAACAGCUGUAUUGCACAUUUAUCGGCUCGAAUUUACAUGAAACGGCGAAGAGAUUUUUUUUUAUAAAAUUUUCUUUGUUCGUGACACGAAUAGUACACCUUUUAUCACUUGUGAACUAUGGGUUUAGGUGCCGAGAUGGUAAGCGUCGUAGAGUAGAUUAUUCGACUCUAUAAUAAUUUUUAGUUAUACGUGAAGUAAAAUUACGUGCUGCUCCGUCUGUUCCAAGAUGAGACGAAACAACACCGUACCAUUCCCAUACCUACUCGGAGAAUAGGGAUGUUAGCUUAGGUUUUAUUUUGUUAUGUUUUUUUUUUUACAUUGAUUUAGAUGCAUAAUCAAAAAUUAAACAAAAAUUCGUCUUCGUACAGUACUUGCGUAUUACUUUGUAAAAUGUACCGACCUAUUAAAAAUAGGUUCUGUUGUCUGAAAUCAAAAGUUUACUUUUUAUACUGACGAUAAUAUAAUUUGUCGAUUAUUUUUAGGUUACGUAGAUUAAGGAAAAGUGUUGCUAUUAAAUAAUAUUAGAUAAAAACUUUAAAUCCUUUACCGAAUACAAUGUAGCAGGUCCAAACGUUGCAGAAAGCACACACACUAACUACGUACAUUUAAACAGGCGGAUGAUGAGACUUGUGCGACGGGGGAACGGAAUCUGCUCAAACUCCAUACAAAAUACUGAGGAAUGUAAAGUACAAAUCAAAUUUCUUUCCUAAAGCUUUUUAUCCUGCGAGUACACUUUAUUUUCUUCUAGAAACUGUAUCGAACCGUAGGUAAUCGUUAGAGAUACUAGAUGCAACGUAACUUUGGAUUUCGCGUAUCCGUUUUAGCUUUAGAAAAUUUUAAAGUGUGCUCGACGUUGAUACGUACCGCAGA